AUGUUGCUCUCGACCAAUUCCCGGAAACACAAGGUGACGGUCAUUGGGUCUGGAAACUGGGGCACUGCGGUCGCCAAGAUCGUGGCAGAAAACACCCUCGCCAACAAUGACAUCUUCCAGGAGACGGUCGAGAUGUGGGUAUUUGAGGAAAAGGUGGAACUGUCAAAGGACUCGAAGCACUACGAUCCGUCAGACCCUCUGUCUCAGGGUUCCCAGAACCUGACCGACCUCAUCAACAAGUACCACGAGAACGUCAAAUACCUCACAGACAUUCCCUUGCCCAAAAACCUGCACGCCAACCCGUCGUUGGAGGACUCUGUCAAAGACUCGUCGAUUCUCAUCUUCAACGUGCCACACCAGUUUAUCAUUCGGAUCUGCGACCAGCUACAGGGCAAGAUUCUACCCUACGCACGAGGCAUCUCGUGUAUCAAGGGUGUGGACGUGGAGGAAGAAGGAGUCAGCCUCUUCUCCGAGACCAUUGGCAAAAAGCUGGGAAUCUACUGCGGUUCGCUUUCCGGCGCCAACAUCGCGAACGAGGUGGCCAAGGAACUCUGGUGCGAAACAACAAUUGGCUACGACCCGCCUCAUCUCGAUUCCAAAGCCCCGACGCCUGUUGGGGGAUCUCCUUCACAGUCCCAGGUUGACCUCCCCUCCUUUGAACACAAGGACAGCUCCGGGCACUUCUCCAAGGUGAAGCUGCGACCUUUGCCCAAUGACUUCCCACCAAUCGAUCAUGGCCUCUGGAAGACGCUUUUCCACCGGCCCUACUUCCAUGUGCGCGUCGUCAAUGACGUGGCUGGUGUCGCUCUCGGAGGGGCCUUGAAGAAUAUCAUCGCCGUCGGAGCCGGGUUCGUCGACGGUCUUGGAUGGGGCGACAACGCCAAAGCUGCGGUUAUGCGUGUUGGCCUUGGGGAGAUGGUCAAGUUCGGCACUCAGUUCUUUGGCAACUCGGCCGAGACCAAGACCUUUACAGAAGAAAGCUCAGGCGUCGCGGAUUUAAUUACAAGCUGCAGCGGCGGACGGAAUUUCCGGUGCGCCAAGCUGAGCGUGCAGCGAGGGGCUCCCAUUGAGGAGAUUGAGAAGCAGGAACUUAACGGCCAGAAGCUCCAGGGCACGCUCACUGCUGCUGAGGUCAACAAGUUCUUGAAGAAACAGGGUGCUGAGAAGGACUAUCCUCUGUUUACCGCUGUAUACCGCAUUUUGGAGGGCACGCUGAAGGUGGAGCAGAUGCCCAGUUUCAUUGAAUCAAAACUGUAA